AUGCCCGAUAUUCCUUCAACGGCAGGGUUUCUGAACGAAAAGGAGAGAGUUAUCGCAGUUGAGCGAGUAGCUAAAAACAGGCAAGGAGUGAAGAACCAUCAUUUCAAAACCUAUCAGAUGUGGCAGUGUCUCCUGGAUCCAAAGACCUGGAUUUUAUUUGUCAUGGCCAUCGCAGCGCAGAUUCCAAAUGCUGCCCAGUCAAGUUUCACAUCUAUAAUUCUAGAGACAUUUGGCUUUGAUGUGCUCCAGACGCAGUACUUGCAAAUCCCAGGGAAUUUAGUACAAUUCUUUUCCCUUCUCCUAUCUGGUUGGAUUAGCUCUCGAUUUCCAAACAUGCGUUGUGCGGUCAUGUUAGUGGGAAACUUGAUCUGCGUUGGCUGUGGUGCAGCUCUUGUCGGAUUACCAGUUGGCCCUGACGGCACACAGAACAGAUGGGGACGGCUAGUUGCGCUCUGGCUGUGCUCAUUCCAAUCUGUAGGCUUUAGUUUGAGCUUGACAAUGGUAAGUAGCAACGUAGCCGGAUAUACCAAGAAACAACUCACGGGAGCUUUCCUGUUCGUGGGCUAUUGUGUUGGGAACAUAAUAGGACCGCAAACAUUUAUCGAAACAGAGGCACCGUUCUAUACCUCAGCGUACAUUGCGAUUCUCAUCGGCUAUUCUGUAAAGACAGUAAUGGUCAUCGUACUGUACAUAUAUAUGUGGUCGGUAAACAGGAAACGGGAUCGCGAAGCUGCGCUAGAGGGCUUUGGGCUUUCAGAAGAACAAGAGAAACAAGCAAUUGAACAAGGAAUGCAGGAUGUUACCGAGUUAGAUAAUAAGGGCUUUAGAUACGUUCUAUGA